GGAUAUCGGAAACAUCCGGAAUUACCAUAAUAUAUAACACAUUAACUAAGAAUGAACAGUGAGUGCAUCACUUGAUCUCCCUCGAGCCAUCCCCAUCACCCAUCACCCCCUCCCAAUGGUCUGACUACUACGGGAGACUACAGCGGGACCGAGUGGACGAGACGUAGAUGGAGAAAUUAGUUAUAUUCUGCCUAUAGAGAUUAACGUCAGGUUACCCAACAUACGAGGAAGACCGAAUGAAUUUUGCCACGUAUUGGUCUAUAAUGUGGAAGGAGGAACUCCAAUGACAUGCCGCCACCAUGUUCGCCCGCGCCUGGCCAACGUCACGCCAGCACCAUGGAAAAUAAUGCUUCCACUUAUAUCCACACAUAACAGAAUCUUCUGUGACCCGGAAUCCCUGAGAGUCUCCAUGUCCCUCCCAACACAUACCCAAGUUUGGCGUGUCAAGAAUUCUCCUGCACAGUCUGUAGUCCUUGACUUUUCCGACGAUGCAACGUUUGCCUUGACAGAGGAACCGCUGCCUCGUAUUGAGGAUGGAGAGAUGCUUGUGGAAAAUGUGUACUUUUCCAACGACCCUGUGCAACGAAGCUUGAUUCAGAAGGAUGUCUUAGAAGAGAGCCUCUGCGCCCCUCCCGUGCGUGAGGGAGGCGUAGUGAUUUCUCAUUCCGUCGCUCGUAUUCUUGCGAUCAACGACAACACUAGCUCAGGAUUUAAGGUGGACGACCUCAUUUUCUGCAUGACUGCUGGGUGGCGACGAUACGCGGUGGUCAAAGCAAACUCCUCAGCAUGCCUACCUCUGAUGGUGCCCGAAAACGUGCCAAUUACUGCCGCUCUUGGUCUAUUUGGAAUCUCUGGAUAUACUGCGUACUAUGGUCUGAAAGAUAUCUUGAAACUCAAGGAAGGUGAUUCUCUGAUUGUCAGUGGGGCUGCGGGAGCUGUCGGCAACAUUGUGGUGCAAUACGCCAAGAAUGUCAUCAAGGCAAAAACAGUAAUCGGGAUCGCCGGGUCAGAGAAAAAAUGCAAAUGGCUCAAGGAAAUUGGUGCAGACAUCGCCCUCAAUUAUAAAGCAGAUACAUUUCCGCAAGAUCUUCAUGACGCGACUCCGAACCUUGUGGAUGCAUUCUUUGACAAUGUCGGUGGUUUUAUCCUGGAUCUGGCGAUUACACGAAUCAAACGGUUUGGUCGCAUCGCGGCGUGUGGUUCCAUUUCAGGAUACGACAAGGACGUCGGGAUACCCACGAUGGGUACUACAUGGUCCGAAGUAACAACCAAACGCUUGGUUAUUCAAGGCUUCACUGCCCUCGACUUUAUGUUCCCGGCGGACGGGUCCCAGAGAGUGGCCACGGAAGGCUAUCCAGACAUCGCUAAUGCACUUCAGCGGGGAGACAUCACGCUCGAAGAUGCGGAGGAAAUUGUGGAGGUACCGUUCACAGAUGUUCCACAGGUUUGGGGGAUGCUGUUCACCGGCGGCAACUCUGGGAAGUUGGUGACAAAGCUUAAACCCAUGGCAUGAUAUGAUGUCAAAAAAAAAUCAUUCCGCGUAACCUGCAGGGGGCAGGCAAUGCGCAUUGGUAAUGUCAAAACGCUUGAACGCGGCGCUCAACUCGCUUCGAGAAAAAUCAGGCAUGCGUGUUAUGGACCAUGUAGCUCUCACUGAGGCAAAACUAGUGUUCGUUUGCCCUCCAGCUUGGUUGUGUUGCUAUUUGGUGUAUCAUUAAUGGGACGUGAAUUAUGAGGCAAUGAGGGCAGAGAGGAAAAUCGCAUAUCACUUGUUCCUUCAUUUUGAUCACUUGAAUGAAGUGGACGAAGGGUGUGGCUGAACGCGUUAAAGAGAAGUAUUACGAU